AUGCGCAGCGCGCGCAACCAAAAGUUUGUGUGGACUGCGCAUCACGACUGUGCGCUUGUGGACUCGGUGCUGGCACUGGGCGACAAGCUUGCAGAUCCAAUACGCUCGUACCCGAGAACCAAGUUCUGGGCGGCUGUGAGCGACGAGUUGCAUGCCACCCGUGGUCUAGCCCGUAACAGCCGCCAAUGUCGAGACCGCUUCAAUCUGCUGUUCUCGCGAGAGCUCUUGGUGCCCAUGAAUGUGGUGCGCUCGUCGUCGAGCACCUCAGUCACGUCCAACGACAUCUCAGGUGCCAGUGCCAGUGCCAGUACCAGCGGCGGAGGCGGUGGUGGCAGCAGCAGCAGCACAGGCGGCGCCAUUGAAUCCAAUUCCAUAGAAUCGGUACUAGAGGCCAGAUUGCAGAUGUGCGUUCAGCGUUUUCGAUUUGGGAACGGACGCAGUCUGGAGCUGAAUGCUGCACCCACAACCGUAGGUCCUAAUAUUCUAAACCUGGAGAGCCCUCCUCCGCCUCCACGUACGGGUGCAUUGCACGAGGUUAUCCACCCGACGGACUUACCCACCGAACAGGUCCCAACAUCCCACCCUGAGCCCCGUUUUGCCGAUCUUGCAUUAAUCCACUCCCAGCUGCGACAUAUGCACGCGGCAUUGGACGUUUUGACCACGGAGGUUACAGAUCUCAAAAGUCAAGUGACAGAGCUGCAGCAUAAUAUUGGAAUCAUAAAACAAGAGUCCGGAAAAGAGCAUUGA